CGCCUGUACUGACUAGUUCAACCAAUCCUAACAGGCUGGAUGUGUAAUUAUUACAUCUCCGUUUUACACCUGCUGUGAUUACUUAGCCACUUCGUGUGGAUGGAUCUCUAUGGUAAUGAGCUCAGGGUUGGUCUGAUAAACUAUCUUGCAGGAAUUCAAUAUUUCUGGGUCAGCCAAGUACACGUAGGUCAGGAUGGUAAUAAUGCUAGCUGUUUGUCAGUUUAUUCAAGGCUACCAGACAGUGAUGGGAGACGGUCCUCCAACCCGUCCUAUUGUCAUUCUGUGUCACCUCACUGACAAUGAUUUUCAUUGAGUGCCCUGUAGCGUAGGAUUGAUUGUGCCGACUGCAGGACUCGCGACUUGCUGACUGAUAAAGCAGCAUGUUGGAUCUCACAACAAGCCAGUCAUCCCUCUUCAGUCCCGGCCUGUUUCUGCUUGUGGAGUGCAUACUUGAAGCAGCGGUGUGUACAUGAACGUGUACAUGUUUGCUGACAAUCCUACAGUACAUGUAUGCCUUGCAGGUUCUGGGCAUGCACUUGACUGCUGUCGAUGGACAUUGGAUUUGUGGGUGUAAACCCCUGGCUACAAGCUGCACAUACACAAAGUCCACUUCACUGUGGUGGUUGAGGCACUACUUUUAUUUGUUCUACCACUGCUUUUAUUUUUUUUCCUCAGCGUUCUUUGCCACAUGAUUGCCGAGAAUGUUGUUGCAGUUUAAGAAAACUCCGUGUGUCAGAAAUGUGUUGAUCUUCUGUGUUGAACGAAGUUCACUAUUUCUCUUCUGUGUGUACAGAAACAGAGUACACCUGGAAUGGUGCCUGUAUGACAUGACAUCAAUGUUGCAAGGGCUCAGCAGGUCAUUUUUUUUCUUGAAAAAGUGAAUUGUCAUUGAUGGGGAAAGUUUGUGGCUGUGACUGAAUUCACUAGAGAAAAAGAAAGAAAUUUAUGGUGAUGCUUCAUCAUGGAAAAUGAUUUUCUUGACAACUGUGGAAGAAAUUCAGUUCUGUGGUACUUCCUGAAAAAUUGCUGGUUGUUCACCCUCAUGUUCAUGGCCCAGUUCACGAGUUAUUGUACUUUUCUCAUUUGUACUUACUGACGUCAUUCUUGAUCGGGGAUUCAGGACUACUUGAGGACAUCAGACAAGACCAGAGCUAUUUUCUCUAACUCUAAGACAAGCAUAGGAAUUUUUCAACAGCAAUGCCGAGUCUGUCAGCCAGUGGGAUUGGUCCUCCUAGUCACCUUGUAAUGGAUGCGUGAAGUCACUGCCAUUACUGAGGCACACGUGCAAGGCAUGUCAUCAAUAUCGAUGGAGAAUUUAUGACCGGUGUCCCAGCUUGCUGUUUGUGAGGGUGCUUUCGUGAUUCCUUGGUUUAUUGUGGAUGACAAAAUGACCUGUGGCAGCUGCAUCGGGAAGGAGCCGUUUGCUGGCGUCUUGAGACACCAACUUGUGUGGAUUUCAAGUUAUUUCAGGGUACUAUCUCAUCCAAAAGAUAUGAAACCUUUUGGGUGUCUAGCAGAGUGUUGACGGUGCAUAAAUCAUUCAUUUCAAUACAGUGACUUUUCUUACCUGGGAUGUAGGCAUAAGGCUCUUGGUUUCAGAUGCUGCAGUGGUAACUUCUUUCAUUUUGGUCGCAAGAGAUUUCUACCGAAAUUUGUCUUAGCUUUUGACUCGGCUUCAUGCAUCAUCAGGCUGACAAAAACUCACUUUGCAGCCCAAUUCUUGUGAUGAUUCUCUACAGUGAUAAUUUUCCAAGAUGUGUUGUUUGCCGUCACUUUGCAAAAAAGGAAAGUAGAACUGCACUGAUGUGGAAAUCAUGAAGAAGUAAUGAUAAUAAAUUGGAAAUACAGUGCAAGGUGACAGGCUCCAGGAUAAGGACUUGUUAUCUGUGAUUGGUGGCCGAGAAUGAUGAAAUGGCAGCCUAAAAAAAAGGCCUACUACCGGCAAGGUACUGCUUUACAAUGUCUUGGUCGCCAUGCUGAUGCCUUAGCUGCCUUCUCAUCUGGCUUGGCUCAAGACCCUAAGAGUCUUCAGCUCCUUGCUGGAUUAGCAGAGGCUGCCCUCAAAUCACCGCUCAAAGAUACAUUUGAACCCACCUAUCGGCAGCUGCAAUCUAUGAAACUAGACAAGAGUCCUUUUGUAAUCAUCUCUGUAAUUGGUCAAGAGCUGCUGGCUGCUGGCUAUCAUGCUUCCUCAUUGGUCGUCUUAGAAUCUGCCCUCAAAAUUGGAACAUGCAGUCUAAAGCUGAGAGGAUCGGUGUUUUCAGCCCUGAGCAGUGCCCAUUGGGGUUUAGCAAACACAGACAAGGCUGUGGCUUACAUGCAACAAGAUCUGGCCGUUGCAAAAUCACUAGGUGAUCAAGUUGGUGAGUGUAGGGCCCAUGGUAACCUGGGAGCGGCAUUCUUCUCCAAGGGGAAUUACAAAGAAGCAUUGACUCAUCAUCGAUUCCAACUGGUGCUAGCUAUGAAACAAAAGGAUAGGAAUACAGCCGCUUCAGCUCUUAGCAGUCUAGGGCAUGUGUACUCCGCUAUUGGUGAUUACCCAAAUGCCCUGGCCAGCCAUAAACAGUGUGUUCUCCUUGCCAAGCAACUCAAUGAUAAACACUUUGAAGCUCGAGAAGUUGGCAAUGUUGGAGCAGUGUAUCUAGCGCUGGGGGAGUUUGAUAAUGCUUUGGAUUGUCAUAAGGAGCAUCUGGAGAUUGCCAAGCAGUUGGACAAUGGCAACGAAGAGGCUCGUGCUUACAGCAAUCUGGGCAGUGCUUACCAUUACAAGAGUGACUACGAGAAAGCGGCAGAGUUUCAUGACAAGGUGCUGGCCAUUGCUAAGAACUCUCAGGAUCGGACGGUAGAGGCUAGGGCUUAUGCUGGGCUUGGACAUGCAGCGCGAUGUAGCGGAGACCUUGAGAAGGCUAAAUACUGCCAUGAACAGCAGUUAAAUAUUGCUCUAAGCACCAAGGACAAAGCCAUGGAGGGGAGAGCAUGUUCCAACCUUGGUAUCAUCCACCAAUCACAGGGACAAUUUGAAACUGCCCUUAAGCUCCAUAAAGCACAUCUGAUGAUUGUAACGGAGCUGACUGACCGGACAGGACAAGGCAGGGCGUACGGUAACAUGGGUAAUGCAUACAGCGCUCUUGGGCAGCCAGAGCAGGCAGUCAAAUACCACAAGCAGGAACUGGUGAUAUCACGAGAGGUCAAUGACCGGGCCUCUGAAGCCUGUACCCAUGGCAACCUAGCUGUCGCCUACCAAGCCUUAGGAAUGCAUGAGAAGGCACAGGAGCAUUAUCUGAGCCACUCCAAGAUCGCCGGUGAGCUCAAAGACAAAGUCAGUGAAGCUCGCGCUCUCAGUAACUUGGGAAACUAUCACAGUUCCAGAGGAGAGUUCCGACAGGCUUUGCCUUACUAUGAGCAAUAUCUGAAACUCACUAAGGGUCUAAAUGACCCGUUAGGCCAAGGUAAAGCCUAUCAUAACUUAGGCUAUGCCCACUACUCACUGGGUAACUACAAAGAGGCCGUUCACUACUACGAGAAGGAUCUAGUCCUAGCACGGGAUCAGAAGGAUAAAGUGAAUCUUGGCAGGGCCUAUUGCAACCUGGGUCUGGCUUAUAGAACGUUGGGCAAUUUCAAACGAGCCAGUGAGUGUCAGAAAUGCUUCCUCACAAUCGCACAUCAUAUGAAGAAUGCAGGAGGCAAAUUCCGCGCUCUAGGAAAUCUGGGUGAUAUAUGUAUGGCCCAGAAGGACACUGACGGCGCUAUUAAAUUUUACGAACAGCAACUUCAACUUGCAAAGCAAGUGAGUAACAAGACUUUAGAAGCGUGUGCAUAUGGUGCUCUAGGCUCAGCCUUUCGAAAAAUUAAGAUCUACGACAAGGCUUUAGCGUAUCACACGCAAGAGCUUCAGUUGUGUGAAGAGAUGAAUGAUUUGAAGGGGGAAUGCAAGGCUCAUAGUCAUCUUGGUGCUGUCCAUACUUCAUUAGGAAAAUACUUGGAUGCCUUCAAGUGUUAUGAGGAACAAUUGAAACGUGCUAACGAGCUACGAGACAGCGCUCUUCAAGCUCAAGCCUUUGGCAAUCUGGGCAUCUCCAAGAUGAACAUGAAUCUCUUUGAGGAUGCUCUGGGGUACUUUGAGGAGCAACUUGCAACCCUGGAGCAGCUUGUAGGGAACAGUGUCUUGAAUGACAGGGGCAGAGCUUUUGGGAAUCUUGCUGAAUGUUACGAAGCGUUGGGAGAUUACGAUGAAGCUGUCAGAAACUAUGACCAAUACCUUGCAAUUGCGCAAAAAGUCAAGAAUGUUAAGGAACAGGAUAGGGCCUACCGUGGAUUAGGCAAUGUCCACCGUGCCAUGGGUAACUUACAGCAGGCCUUGUUUUGCUUUGAGAAGCGUCUUGUCGUUGCACAUGAGACGGAGGAUGAGUCAACCCAGGCUUCAGCGUAUGGUGAGCUCGGCUGCCUGCAUAGCAUCAUGGGAAAUUUCGAACAGGCUAUCUCCUGCUUAGAUAAUCAGCUGAAGCUUGCUCAAGAAAUGCGUGAUAAGUCAGGCCAAGCCGAUGCAGCUUGUGGACUAGGAGGUGUCUAUCAACAAAUGGGCGAAUAUGAAAAGGCCUUGGAGUUCCAUCAGAUGGACCUGAACAUUGCCGAGGAGACUGAGAAUCUAUCCUGCCAGGGAAGGGCUUUUGGGAAUCUUGGAGUGACUCACGAAUCCCUCGGUAAUUACCAGAAGGCUAUCAUGUACCAGGAGCAACAUCUCAGCAUUGCAGCGCAGGUCAACGACCGCGUGGCCAAAGCCCUCGCAUACAGCAGCCUUGGCCGUGUACAUCACGCACUUGGGAACUUCUCCCAAGCUGUUGCUUACCUGACCCAGGGCCUACAGAUAGCUGAUCAGCUGGGCAGGAAGGAAGAUGAAGCUAAGAUCAGGCAUCGACUGGGACUGGCUCAGUGGUCCAACGGCAAUUUGGAUGAGGCCCAACGACAGCUCUACCGUGCAGCUGACCUCUUUGAAUCCAUCUGGCGAGAGACUCAAGUCGGCAGCGAGUAUAAGAUCUCACUGCUAGAAUCACAAUCAGCCUCUUACCAAUCACUUCAGAAAGUCCUGGUUGCUAUGGACAGACAAGAUGAAGCCCUGGCUGUUGCUGAGAGGAGUCGAACCAGAGCUUUUGUGGACCUUCUCCUGGGUCGACAAUCUGGAGAUGGUUCAGAUUCUGUUGAUGUGAUGGACACAGUCUUGAUGACAGUUGAUGAGAUCCUGGAGUUAGUCAGCAUGCAGAAUGCUAAUGUGUUGUAUUAUUCCAUAGCAUCUGGACAUCUCUACAGCUGGCUUAUCACACCAUCAGAUGGAAUUCUGAAGUUCAAUGAUUGCAACCUGAAUCAGCUUGACAGGUCCUUAGAGGAAGAUGAUGCAUCAACUUGCUCCGAGUCUACUCUGACAAACAGCACCCUGAAUGUCACGACAUCGGCACACCUUGAUCAGUGCAUUAUGCAUGCCAGGGAGGCUCUAGGUGUAGAUGCUCAGCAUAGCAGUUAUCGCAGCAAUGGCGACAUCACCAGUGAGACAGAGAGCGAAGCUGAUGAGCUCCUACAACAACACCUGGAAGAGCUAAAUGCCAAACUGAUUGGUGGUGGCAGCGACAGUAAUGGCCAGCAUCAGAGACUCACCAGUCGCAACCACGCUAUCAACAGCAGCACACGUAGCGUGGCCAGCAUGAUGAGUCAGCUCAGCCUUAACGGCAGCAUCAUGAACAACUCAUCUCUGGUUAAUGCCGUCACAAAUAAAUCCAUCAAGCAGAAGCAGCUGAAAUCUUGGUCAGGAAGACCUCCGCUAAGAGUGCUGUAUGACCUUCUGAUAGCUCCUAUGGAGGAUGUCCUACGGCAGCCAAAUGGACCCAACACUCCAGCAACAGAUUUGGUCUUGGUAUUAGAAGGUGACCUCUAUCUAGUCCCAUUUCCAGUCCUGAAAGGUGCCUUAAUGACAGAAUGCCUUCAGGAUAGGUUCAACUUAAGAGUUGUACCAUCACUAAGAACACUCAACACGAAUCGAUACUGGGAACAACGCACAACAUCCCACAGCGGCAUGGUACCAGCGGUGAUUGUAGCUAAUCCAGAGAUGCCUCUAAGCAUCACAGAGCGAUGGGGAUGGGGUAAUUUACCCAACGCUGAACAGGAGGCACAUUUAAUAUCGGACAUCAUGGGAGUCACACCUUUGACAGGCCCUUCUGCCACUAAGGAAGCCCUACGCAAGUCCAUCGCUAAUGCCGAGUGUCUUCACUUUGCCACAUCCGUGUCAUGGAAGCUGUCAGCUCUCAUCUUGUCUCCUGGACAUAUACCCCAGAAAAAGGGUCCACCGUCACCAGUCAGGCAGAGCAGCUUAUCACCGACAAAUGGAGAAAAUGGUGCCCUGGAGCAUGUAGACUUGACAGAUAGCGAAGAGAGUGAUCUAGACAGCAACCCAGACACCCCAGCCCUCUCCGAGUUCCUCUUAACGGCCGCCGACAUCCUAGACCUCCAGCUGACCGCUAAACUGGUCAUCCUGUCUUGCUACGCCAGUGAGACACGCUCAGGCCGCGUCACAGCUGACGGCAUCGUGAGUCUGGCUAGAGCCUUCCUAGCGGCUGGUGCUCAGAGUGUGUUAGUUCCUCUGUGGUACGUCCCAGAGCCGGCUAAUAAGAUCUUUAUGAAGGGGUUGUAUGAAUCUCUCUUGUUGGGAACCAAGGCCAGCGUGGCUGUUGGGAAUGCCAUGCAUACUGUACAGGGGUUCAAGCAGUUUGCCCAUCCAUCUAAUUGGUCUGGUUUUAUGCUUCUGGGCUGUGAUGUCCGACUGAGCAACAAGAGCGCCAUGUUUGGUAACGCCAUAGGAGAUCUCCUGACCACGCCCACCAAGUGUCGAGAAGCACUCAGGGUGUUACUACAUCUGAUUGAGAAGUCCCUUCAGCGUAUCCACCGGGGUCCUAAGAACCCCAUCUACACUACUCAGCAGAGCAUCUUGAAGAAGGUCGGACCCGUCAGAGGAUGGCAGGAACUCCUGAAAGCCGUGGGUUUCCGAUUUGAGGAACAACCAGCUAAGGGAAUACCUCCAUCAGUCUUCUUCCCACUGGCUGACCCUGGAGAGAGACUUUUACAAGCCAGUGCUAGCCUUCAAGCAUUGCUUGGUUUGUCUCAGAAUACUUUGAUAGCCUUGUCCAAGCUCCUGUCAUUCUGUGAUGCUGCUCAAGAAAUCAUCAUCAUGCUCCAGCAAGUAGUGGCUAAGUACACCCGAGACAGAGAGGGCGCUAUUCAGGUGCCAGUCAAUGUCAAGCUAUGGAGAACACCAGGUUGUCAUGAAUUACUGGCUUCACUUGGUUUUGACCUGAUUGACGUUGGCAAGGAGGAGGUGCAACUUAUCACCAGCAAGCAAGUCAGCCGACGAAUGUUGCACUACACGCUACAGGCUCUACUGGCAGUAUUUGAUCCUGCCUCUGCCCCCAAGUCUCUGCCCCUUGAGAGCUUCUCUUCCAUGGAGAGUCUCUGCUCCUCUCAGUCAGGAGCAUCUGGGAUGUCACUCUCUGCUGUCUCAGCAUCUUCUCUUGUCUCCUGCCACUCCUUGAAAUCCAACGUGGACCUUUCUCAGCCCGUGGAGGUCUCUCUGGGUAAGAGUCACAAGAGAGGAAAGCGCCGCAACAACCGGCAGUUUGGGGUGACGUCUACACCUAUCUCUGCUGAGAUGACGCGCAGUGGCUUUGCCUAUAGUGGAGAGAACUCCUACGCCUCAUUGGUCGCCAAUGGGAUUUCACCAGUCUCACGGAACACCCAAGGUGCCAGUCCUGCCCCUUCGUCAGAAUCCUCAGAGUCAACCCCACCGGUUACGAGUCCAACCACCGUAGGGCCUACUCAAGGUGGUGUCAGGAAUCAAACGCCUUCCCGGCAAGAAAUCCCAGAGGCAAGUCUAUUCUCAGCGGACGGUGAUCUGACAAUGGCUCCUGAGGUCCUGGCAUUACUGAACAGUCUCAACAACGACCCAGAUGACACAAUGGUCAACCAAGAUGGGAUUGUGAACAUCCCCAACAGGGAAAGUCCUCUCUUGUCAUCUUCAUCUUCUAGGACUAAGAAGUCGUCUAGUUCCAGGGAGUCGCUUCUUGGCAGCCAAGACUCCCUUUCCAUGGGAAUGGUCAACCCUGCAUUUGUGGACGAUACUGUGGAAUUCAUAACAAGAUCCAUUCCUAUGUCAUCUUCCUCAAGCACUGAUGUCAGAUACAGUCGAGGUAGCAGCAGUGUGAUGAGCACCAACACUGAGCAUAAACCCAGGAGGGAUUCAAACCAGUCACGAUCAAGGUCUGUGUCUCCAGGUGAUGUCUUCCUGCCUGAUACUGCAUCUCCAAAAUGCAGUCUUUAUGCUGGCUCACCUAGACAAAGCCCAGCUAGAUUAGAGCCGGGAGUGACCAGUCCUCCUCGAGGGGGCAGCCCAAGCGCUAAGCUGUUACGUCGGACUAGUCGGUCCUCACCGGCUCCAUCCCACUCAGACCAGGGAUCUGAAUCAAGGGGUACACCAUCACCUCAUGAAGCCAUUGCCAUGAAGGUCCUACAUGACACCAUGAAGCACAUGACUGCCGUGGAAAGCAUGCAGAGGUUUUCCCGGAUGAAACAAGGUAAGCCUCAACCAUCAAACCAAAUGACUGAGACCAUGGUAUCAACACAGACUGAAUCAUCCAACGAGCAGGGAACUAGAGGACCAUGGAAGGUUGUUGACAGCAAAACUAGUCCUGUGAGUGGACUUUUCACUAGCUCUACCUCUGAAACCCCAUCAGGUGGGUCUCAACAAGGUUCUCAACAAAACCCUGGUCAGGGUUUUGCCAACAGAAGGCAACCUAGCCCAACGGGUAGGAAGCAGCCACCAGCCCUGCAUCCCAAACAAGGAACAUUAACAAAUAGUACCUCAAGAAGCAAUCCUCACCUGAGCCAGAUCACCCCACCUCCAGAAGGAAGCAGCAACCGCCUUGAAGCCAUCAACGCCCAGAGAAUCCAAUCCUUGAGAACCGAAGUUGCUCAGGAAGAAAGUUUUGAUGCUUCACGGCAGAUGCUGGGAUCACACUGUGAACCUAGAGCGAGGACUUCUUCCUCAAGCUCAACCACGUCCACCUUGCCUCACACUAGACCAAUCCAGUAUGUCCCACCUGCAGAUGUUGGCAAGCCUCAAGUCAUCUCUACCCCAAACCAGUUGUAUUCAAACUCUAACCAUGUCAAAUCUUACCCAGUCACAAAUUCAGUCCCUCCUGACGUAAAGCAAAAACCACACUCCAAAAACAGUCAGUUCACAAACCCGAGCAACUCGACAAGGACUCCAAGAGAUGCUGGGAGUCAUGACCGAACUCCAGCUACCCAACCACCCAGCUAUCAUCUCAACCGUCCAGAAAGCUCUCAGAGCACAACCAGUAGCAUGUAUUCCUCAACCUCAUCCAUACCUAGCGUAAUUCAUGUCCAGACUGGCAAUAGCCCUGACCAUGAGGGUACUGUCUACCCACAGAAGACGGUAAACCACGUCAAUCACAGUAAUCACGUCACUCAGCAGGGAUUCCACCCAGGGGAGCAUCCAGCAAGUAAGGUGCAAAUGUCACAGACCAAUGGUGGGGUAGCAGGUAAAGUACCGAGGGGUAGGGUACCAAGCAACGAGGGAACACUUCCGGUUACAAAGAAAGUUUAUUAUUCCUCGCCAUGUUGAGUGUUUUCAAACAAUCGUCAUUCCACUGUGUGGUUUCUAGUCAGACAUUUUCACUAUUGAAUAAUUCAGCAGAUGUUCAUUCAUCAGUAUGUACAAACUACACUCAGCUGCUUAUACAAAGAGACUGCCACCUAAGGUUAUUCAUCGUAUUCUAGUUUCACUGGAACAUUACCAAACUUUUGUUUUAAACAGCCUUUUGAAUUUUUUUUCCACAUCUUAAAGAGAUUAGAAAUAUUAGCCUAAAAGCAGACAGUCUGUGUAUAGGAAAUCAUUCCUCAACUGUUUUCCACCUGAAAUAAGUUAUAAUGUGGCACUUUUUUGUUUCAGCAGAUAUCUGUGCUUCCCUGUAAUUGCUGACUUUAUCAACUCAAUUAUGUCAUUUUUGUGUAAAAUGAUACCAUCUUUUCAGCUAAGAUAAAAUAUGUACAUGUAGUGUCCUGCAUUUUGAAGCCAGGAGGUAUUGACAUUUUGUCUACUGAAGCAGAUCUCGUUUCUGAAGAACUCCUGGCACUGUGCAUAGGUGUCAAGAAAUUUUCUGGGCCAGUUUUUACAACUGUUUCAAAUUCCCUGAUAUAGAUUUCCUUUUUGAUAAGACAUGGUUCCUACAAGCACACAGUCUCACCGUUUUUGUUUUUAAAUUUGAUUUUACAUCAUUUUCUGCUGUGCCAAAUCCUGUUAAAGGUAAACACAACAAUUGAAAGCACGUUACUUUUUGACAACGUUGGUAACAUUUUUACCAACUUACGGUCGAGUUAGGGCGCCAUGUUCUUAGCACAGGUUUCUUGUUCUCACGCUCG